AUGGCAACAAUAUUGCUAAUUAAUACAAGCCUGCCUGUUAGAGCUUUAGAUAAAUCAGACAGUGUUGAAGUCGCCCCGUGGGUGAUCCUGCCGGCCGCCGUGUCCCUGCUGGGCGGGUUGUCAUUCGGCUACGCGCUGGCCGUCAUCUCCGGGGCCCUCCUGCAGCUUCAGCUCACCUUCGGCCUGAGCUGCUUCGAGCAGGAAGUCCUGGUGGGGGUCCUGCUCCUGGGGGCUCUGGCGGCCUCCCUCGUCGGGGGGGUUCUCAUCGACCGGGCUGGGCGUAAGAGAGCCAUCCUGCUCAGCAACCUGGUGUUCCUGGCAGGGAGCCUGGCCCUGACGCUGGCCGGCUCGCUGGGCUGGGUGGUCCUGGGCCGGGGGGCCGUGGGCUUCGCCGUCUCCCUGUCCUCCACGGCCUGCUGCAUCUAUGUCUCUGAGCUGGUGGGGCCCGGGCAGCGGGGCCGGCUGGUCUCCCUUCACGAGACGGGCAUCACCGCCGGCAUCCUGCUCUCCUACGCCCUGAACUACGCGCUGGCCGACGUCGAUGAGGGCUGGAGGCACAUGUUCGGCUGGGCCGUCGUCCCGGGCCUCCUGCAGACCGUCUGCCUCCUGUUCCUCCCCGCGAGCCCGGCUCGGGCCCGGCCGGGGACGGAGAGCCUCUCCCCCCUGGGGUCUCCCCGCGGGGACGGAGAGGAGGAGGAGGCCGCAGGCUAUUCCUUCCUGGACCUGUUCAGGGCCCGAGGCAACAUGAGGCGCCGGACGCUCGUGGGCCUGGGCCUGGUCCUGUCCCAGCAGCUGACGGGACAGCCCAACGUCCUCUGCUACGCCUCCACUGUCUUCCGCUCGGUAGGCUUCCGCGGAGGCUCUUCGGCCACCCUGGCGUCGGUGGGGCUGGGGGCAGUCAAGGUGGUCGCCACGCUGGCGGCCAUAGGUCUGGUGGACCGAGUGGGUCGUAGGGCACUGCUGAUGGCCGGCUGCGCGGCGAUGGCCCUCUCGGUCGGCGGCAUCGGCCUCGUGGGCUUUGCCGUCUCUCUGGACGCCCUCCAGGGCUGCCGGGAACCGGCCCAAGCCAAUGCCUCCUCACAGGUGGGCUCCGGCCGGCCGGCCCUCCCCGUCAGCCCGGGGGCCGGCCAGAGCUGGGAGGGCCCCGGUCCCCCCUCAGCCGGGCCGUCGGCCUCGGGGAGACAUCCGGCCCAUCUCAGCCGGCUCCCCGCAGACAGGCCGGAGGUGACCGCCUCAUCCCCGCCGGUUUCCCUCGGACGUCCUCCCCCUGCAGAGCACAGACUCCUAAACUGGAUGGCCCUGAUCUUCAUGAUGGCGUUUGUCAGUGCUUUUUCCAUCGGAUUUGGACCGAUGACCUGGGUGGUGCUCAGUGAGAUCUACCCUGCUGCGAUAAGAGGAAGAGCUUUUGCUUUUUGCAACAGUUUUAAUUGGGCAGCCAACCUGCUGAUCAGCCUCUCGUUCCUGGAUCUGAUAGGAGCUAUCGGCCUGUCCUGGACAUUUCUACUCUACGGCCUAGCAGCAGUGAUGGCCUUGGCAUUUAUUUAUUUCUGUGUCCCGGAGACCAAAGGGCAGUCUCUGGAGGAAAUAGACCAGCAGUUCUGCAGGAAAAGGUUCUUGACCAGAGAGCCAAUCUGCAGCUGGUACGGCAGCCAACGAGGCCCAGCCAGGGCCCGCUACCACAGGAUGGAGCCCUCCGGGAUCUCCUGAGGUGACCGGGCUCAGAGCAGGGGAGCAGAGAACCACAGCCUCCAGGAUUUGACUUUGAAGACGCUGAAGGCCCGCUAUGGCUUGUUUCUGCCGUGACGGGUGCUGAGAAAGUGCUGCAAACUCAGUGGUGGACCACCAACCCAGGAGAGGAGCCCCACCCCAGACUCACCUUUCGGGUAGAGGCCUCCGAGUGGAGCUACUUUGGGAGUGCCGGCCUCAGCAUUCCACUCCCCUGGAAGUUCUCCCCACAAAGCCGCACACUCUCUGACUGAUCCCAGCUGCCGUUCCCCAGCACCCCCCUUCUGUCUCAGUUUCCCCCUUUGCCAUUCUCGGAGGCCAGGGCGAUUCACCCUGGGGAGUCGACACCGUGACCUUUGUUUCUGACUGGCAUUUACCGUUUCCGACUCAAAAUGAAUAUGAAAAUUAUGUGCACAUCUUUAAA